GAGGGUGUGAGAGAGUGCGAUAGCCUGCCCCUUCAGCUGCGCGGUCGCAAACUGAAAGCGGUACCCCGGAACGUGUAUUCAUUUAAUUCUAGGAUCUAUACGGGCUAGGACCACAGUUUGUCAUGUCUAACUUUGACAGUUCAGUGCUGCCUGUACAAGUAGGCUAAAACGAGGAGGAAAAUUAACGAUUUUUUUGUUUUGUUUUAUUAUAUCUUCUUGUUUACAAAUACUUUCCGUUUAUAUUAGUUUAUUCACUGAGUAGGCUACAAUAUCUAUUGGGAGUGGGAAACGAAGUAGUCUUUAACCGGAAAAGUAAAUGCAAAAACUUUAGUCUAAACUUGGACUAUAAAGAGCCAUUGGUGGACGGAGAUUUAGAGAGUAGCCUAUUUCCACAAGGAAAGCGACACGUGCGCACGUCAAAACUUGUGGAGAAUUUACUAGAUCUUCUAAGAUUACGUUGACAUUUUCAGUGACUGAAAAAGAAUCAAGGGGGAGAAGUUAAGACGGAUGUACCACAAUGCUCAUCCAUUCAUGCUUCACAGAAUAGUUGCUGGCGAUUUGUAUUACCGAGCCACUGGGUAUAGACUACACGAUUGUUUUUAGAACCUGGAAAAUGCGUCCUUUUAUUUUAUGCUGACCUCGUCUAUUAGAGGAAUAUAUGAAACGUGCAGGACGACGAAGUGAAACAGGAUAUUGUUAUUUAUUACAUUGGAGUAGAAGAACCAAAAAGGAAUAAACAACCAUGGGGACACAAGGACCAGGACGGAAAAGAAUUCCUAACAAAGAACGAUUGACAGCAGAAGAUGACGCUCUGAAUGUAAUCGCGAGAGAGGCGGAGGCCAGGUUGGCAGCCAAGAGGGCAGCGCGGGCAGAAGCCAGAGAGAUCCGCAUGAAGGAGCUGGAGAGGCAACAGAAAGAGAUCUAUCAGGUCCAGAAGAAGUACUACGGAUUGGACAACAAAUGGGGUGACAUUGAGCAGUGGAUGGAGGACAGUGAGAGGUACUCUCGCCACACGCGGAGGCAUGCCUCGAACUCUGAUGAUGAGGAGCGGAUGUCCGUUAGUAGCCGAGGGAGCGUACGGUCAGAUUUGGAUGCUGUCGGGGCAUAUGGAGGACUCGGGAGCGAACGGGGCUCUACUUCACAUUCACACAAGAAGUCCAAGAAAAAGAAGAAGAAACAUUCAAAAGCUAGCAAUGGUUGUGAUGACGAUUGCAGUACGGUGUCCGGCUGGAGCUCCAAGCUCAGUGAUGAGAGCCGACACACUCGCUCCUCCAAACUGGACCUGCAGCCGGGAUCUUAUCGCUCCUCUGACCUAUACGGCAACAGUAGCCUUCCUUCCUCUAGGCUGCAGACCUCCAGCUACAAUGGACACCAGUUAUCACUGUUACAUGACACCACCAACUAUGUGAGGAAGCGCAGGGGCUCUCUGUAUGAGGACAGCAUUUACAGCAGCGCCAGCUCCCGCCGAUACACCGGCUCCGCCGCCCGCGUACCAUCCGAAUACAGUGGUUUCUUGGGCUCCAGCUCCAGGACGUCUUCCAGGGCCAGCUCAGCCUGUGCCAGCCCAGUGGAGGACUGCGGCGGCUCAGUGGCCAGCUUCCUGCGCAGUGCGGCCAACACUAGCAGCCUGCCGAGGGACCUGGACCACGUGACCAUCCCCGACCUGUCGGACGUGAGUGGGAGGGUGGAUGAUCGGUUAGACAGAGACUAUUUGGAGAAGGGGUCUAGAGCUUCCACCAUCUCCUCAGCCACUCUCGCAUCGCUGGGCGGGACUUCUUCUCGGAGAGGCAGCGGUGACACGUCCAUCACUGCUGACACAGAGACCUCCAUACGAGAGAUCAAGGAGAUUCACGAACUUAAGGAUCAAAUCCAAGAUGUGGAGGCCAAGUACAUGCAGAGCCUCAAAGAACUCAAGGACACUCUCACAGAGAUGGAGGAGAAGUAUCGUAAAGCCAUGGUGUCCAAUGCCCAGCUGGACAAUGACAAAUGCAACCUGAUGUACCAGGUGGACAUUCAGAAGGACUCGCUCAUGGAGCUGGAAGAGCUGUUGUUUGAGACACGCCGAGAGUACGAUGAAAAGGCCAAGGAACUGGAGCGGGAGAAACAUGCCCACAGCAUUUUGCAGUUCCAGUUUAGCGAGCUCAAGCAGACACUGAAGCAGAGUGAGGAACUACUGACUGAGAUCCGUCAGCUGAAUCUCCAGCGGGACGGCUAUGUUAGGGAGGUCGCUGACCUGCAGGAAACUCUGGAGUGGAAAGAUAAAAAAAUCGGGGCCUUAGAGAGGCAGAAGGAGUAUUCUGAUGCGAUCCGGAAUGAGCGGGAUGAACUCAGGGAUGAGGUUGUCCAACUGAAAGAUAUUUUGAAGAAACAUGGUAUUGUCCUUGGACCAGACUUCAGCACCAAUGGGGAGGCAGGAGAGUCUGGUGAUGGAACCGGUCAGGCAGACUCUGACACCAAGACAUCUCCCACAGAAGGAAGUAGUGUACUUGGCAGAAGUGAGGAGAAGCAGCCUGGAGUUUUGGAGGCGGCUGAAGGCUUGCAGCCAAAUCAGCUGGAUGAGGCAGUGCCCCAGAACCAUGUGACCCCACCCUCCCCCAGUGGCCCUGCAAGUGUUGUAGAGACCUGCCAAUCAGUGGAGCCUGGGGCUCCGCCUAUAGGAAACAAAGAAGAGAUCGAGUCAGGGAAUACCAUUAAUACAGAAUUGAACAAUACGUGCAGUGACACAGUAGAAAGUGUGCAGUUAGCUUCUGUGGUUAGUGCAGGUGCUGAGGAUGAAGUCACGAGAGAAGAGAAGGUGUCUUUGGAAGCUUCAGGUAGUAGUGUAGAGAGAUGUAAGCCUCCUGGGGAGGUGAAAGAGAUGGGUAAUUCUGAGAUAGAGGGGCUGGAUCCCAUGACAGAAAACCAAUUAGUCCAGAAAGUUGAGGAGGUGUGUGCUGGAGAGCCAACAGCAGAGAUUAGUGAAGAAGUGGAGGAAAUACGUGUGACUGAAAAAUCUGAGAAUGCUAAUGUUAUUGGAGCAGGAAAGGGCACACUUACUGUGCCUGAAAUUAUUGUUAGCAUUGACACCUCAGACCAGUCAGAGGAGAAACCAUUGGAGGGUGCUGCAGACUUGUCCUCCUCAUGCACAGUAGUAGCAGAGGAGGAGGCAUCACACCCACCAAAAACAGUAGCUGAAGCUGAGGCUGCACCAGUGAGUGAGGAGGAAGCUGAAGCAUCUCAGACCCCUUCUAAGGAGCCUCACGGUACCAGUGCCUCUGGGAAGAAGAAGAAGAGGAAGAGGAAGAAUAAGCAGAAGCAAAAAGUGGGAGCACAUAGUGAACAAGACAACAAACACUCAAAGGCUCAGGGGGAAAGCUCACUGAGUAAAGAUCCAGGACAGGAAACUGGAAAGGAGAACUUAGGAGGGAAGGCUGUAGGCAGCUGUGUGGAAUCUAUCCAACAGUCUCCUGUGUGUGGUGAAGCCGAUAGCACUGCAAAUGAGAGGCCUCUGACUGAUACAAAGGAGGAUGCAGCUUCAGAAGAAUUAGGAAAUGUGCCUUGCCUUCAAGCUUCAGACAACAAAGAUGACAUAAAAGACGAACCUGCUCCGGUAAGCGGUGGUGACUGUCCCACUAAAACCUCUGAAGCACAUCCUAAUCCUGAAAGUGAGAACAGAGAACAUCCUUCAAGUGAUUUAGAACAACAGCCUCCUGUGUGUGAUGAGACCGAUAGCACUGCAGAUAUGAGGCCUCUGACUGAUACAAAGGAGGAUGCAGCUUCAGAAGAAUUAGAAAAUGUGCCUUGCCUUCAAGCUUCAGACAACAAAGAUGACAUAAGAGACGAACCCACUCAAGUAACUGGUGGGGACUGUCCCAAUGAAACCCCUGAAGCACAUCCUAAUCCUGAAAGUGAUGAUAGAGAACAUCCUUCAAGUGAUUUAGAAUCUGGACCAAAUACGGAUAGUGUUCCAGGUGGCCCCGAUUGCAGUCCUGAUGACGAAGACCUUAUAGACGGCACAGAGACUCUUUGUGCCGAUAAGGAUGCCUCUUCCCCUAAGGUUACUGGAGAUGAGCAGAAUGAGGAAGUUGUUCAGCCAAAGAAUAUCGAUGAACAAGAAAACACUGAAAUCUCUGUGGAUGUUUCUGAAUCCAUUGUAAACACUGAUGUCUCUGAGAGUUGUCAGGAUCAACAAGUCCAAGUGGAGGGUCUUCCUUGUGACACUCCAAUAGAUGCACAACUGACCAUUGACACUGAAACCCAGUUAACUGAAUCAAAAUUGAAUGUAGAGCAUCAUGCUUUGGGUGACCUUUCAGAAGACACACAUGCAAGUGACUCUCUUGAUAAGGAGUUGGUUGAGGAGAAACCUGAGGGGUCUUUACUUAUGCAUUCCUCAGAUGCUCCAUCUCAGCUUGAUGGCUCUGAAUCCACAGAGACAGAUCAAGCAGAAUCAACUUUGCACUCAACAGAAAACGCCACAAGUCAAGAUGACACCACAGAGUCACUGCCAGUCACUGGAGGGAAUGGCACUGAGACUCAACUAGAUAAAGCAGAAGAGGCAACUGAGGCAUACGUACAGAGUGGAGAAGUUGUUCAACCCAUGGCUUCAACAGAUGAAGAAAGCGAGCCAGUCAUCCAAGACCAGCCUGUUGCCACUGCUCCAUCUGAUGAUUUCAAAGACCAUCCCAGAGAAGGAAGUCCUGAAACAAACGAUGCUACACCCAAGUCAAAAGCAGAAGAUGCUGAGGAAGAUGAAGAGGGGGAAGAAUUUGAAUUUGAAGACCAAGAUUUGGAAUUAUUGCCUGAUAGCCCCAGACAACCCCUUACAGAGGAAACUGAAGAAGAUAGAUGUUCAAAGGUGGAAGUGGAUGAAGAACAUGAAGGUUAUCAGGGACAAGAUCAGGAAAACAGUGGUAGUCAAGAGCAAAGUAGUGUAACACAGCAAGAGGGUGGAGGGGCAGAUGAGGAUGAGGAACUUGAGACUAGACAAGAACCCAAUGUUACUGGAGGGGAAGCGGGUAGCGCAGGAGAGGAACCCAAAGCAGAGGAAGCUGAUCAGGUUGAGUCUUCAGGGAUGGAUCACAUCCCAGCAAAUCCUGAGCAUCCAUUAAGUAGCACAGAGGUUGAGGCUGAGGCCGCAGAAAAUAAAGAGGUGGGUUCAAUCAGUGGCGAUUCUGAGGGAGCCGGUCAGGUUGCAGAGGUAGAGCCAGGCCAACAAGGAGAGCCAACGAGGAAAGAUUCUAAAAAAGGAAAGAAAAACAAGGGGAAGGGGAAAGAGGACUGCAAAAUGUCUUAGUCUUAAUCUUGCCAGGGGACAGCUAUAUAAUCACUUGAAAUAGUCUCAGUGCCUAAUGAGAUAAUCAGACAAGAAUGGUUAUAUACAGUACAACUAUCAGCACUCACAUAUUAUUUGAACAUUUUGAAGCAUGCAUUGGAAUAUUACUUUAAACAUUUCAGCGGUUUUGUAAAGUUGGAUAUUUUAACUAUUUUUCAGUCUGAAUGAACCUUUAAAUAAGUGUGGUUCACUUGACAGUUGAGUUGUUGACAGUUGAACAGCACUUCAAGUAUUCAGUGUUCGAUGACUUCUGGAUGUGCACAUAUCUGGCUUAAUGUUGUUACACCUCCAGUUGUUUUUGAGCAAUGGGAGGCUUGCAAGGCUCACUUGUGUAGUGUUGAGUAUAAUGUUUAUUAAUGUUACUAUGAUGAAUGUAGAUGGGAGAGAAGACCAAUCCAAUAACUUAUUUAUUUUACAAUUCUGCACCAGGAAGAACAGUCUGUUGAGAAAAGAUUUCAUAAAACUUUUGGGCUUGUCAGAUUCCACAUGUCACUAAGUGUCAUUUAUUACAUACUUGAUGUUGACAAACAACACAUUUAACAAGUAAAAAACUGUUUAAAACGGUCUUUUUGGGGGGGUUAUAUAUGUGGCUGCUUCACAGAGAUGAUGCUAUGUUUGGAAAAAUUGUAUUUUCAAUAAAAAAAUACCCUAGUUGAGUAUCAGUAAAAUCCUAUGGCUUUUAUAUCCCUUGACAUUCCAUCUCCGUCACAAUGUUCUUUCAUCUCAAUGCCGAGAAUUAGGGAAGGUAGUUUUUUUCCCUUAGGACAUAUACCUUGGCAUGCUACAACCAAAGAGCUUAUGUGUUUUUAUAUUAAUAUUAAAUAAAAUCCCAUGUCUUACGUUU